AUGACUUCCUACCAGCCAUUCCAAUGCAUGGUUUGUCUACGCCGUUUCACUCGACAUGAGAACCUCAAACGACACGCAGCACUUCAUUCCCGCUCUCGAAAGGAAAUCACCUUGCCGUGUGACUUGUGCCAGGCUACCUUUUCGCGUCCGGACUUGCGCCAUCGCCAUAUGAAGAGGAAACAUGCAGAGCACGAGCAAAGACGAGCGACGAAGAGGCCAAAGCAAAGGGAUAGCUAUGCUACCCUAUGCCAGGAUACUGGCCAGCAUCGUGGGCAACUGCAGAAUGUCGAUGACCUGCAGUUAGAUAGGUCUUGUUGGACGUCUGAUCUUUCGCAAAUACACUACGAGGAUGGACAUGACCCAGAUGCAGGAGGAACCAGCACUGCGUCCAGCACAUCACCCAUAGAAAACAGCGAUCGUAUCCAGUCUGUUCCAGGUAAUCCGACGCAACAUAUACCAAUGGACGAGUCUCGUUUGCUAGAUGCGUUAGAACUGGAGCGUAGCCUGUUACGCGAAACAUCACUUCCCCAACCAACCGAUCAACUCAGCACCCAGCCGCUCGCGAUAUCCAAUCUACAGUCUCCGUCGGACAUUGACCUCGGCGACCUCAGCUUUCCCAAAGAUCUCUCUGUUAUCCCUAUUGCGCCCGAGAGCACCCAGCCCCAAAACAGCUGGUUUCCUUCCGCCUCACAAAUCCGCGAGGGCUGCAGCUUAUUCUUCACCCAUGUCUCGCACUUUCUUCCAUUUCUACACCACCCAACAUUCGACCCCAGUGCCAUACCCUCCCACCUCCUCCUCGCCAUGCUCUCCCUCUCAUACCAAUACGGCGAAGACCCGGAAUGCGAUGCCCGCACGGGCACGGGCACAAGCCUCUCCACCCGCUGCUACCUCCGCGCCCGCUCCAGCCUCUCCUCCAGCAACCACCCUAACUCUACCAUCACCGACCACCUCUCCCUAGUGCAAACCUACCUCCUCCUCCAAAUCUGCGCCAUGAUGUACCUCUGCGGCUCCGACUCGAUCCAAGGCCUCCAAAUGCACGCGACCAUGAUAUCCCUCGCGCGCUCCACAGGCCUCAUGCAGCCCAUAACCACCGAAUGUGCACACACCUUGGACCUCGACUCCCUGUGGAAAGAAUUCAUCAAAGCCGAAUCCCACAAACGGACCCUCUUCGCCGUUCACCAAAUCGACGCACUCUGGUACCAACUCCUCUCCAUCCCACGCGCCAUCUCCCACCUCGAAAUCAAACACGAUCUGCCCUGUCCAGAAACCCACUGGACCGCCCCCUCCGCCGCCCAAUGGGCCCAUCUCCAACUCAUCUCCCAACAACAACAUCAUAAACACCCAACCAGUAUGCGCUACGACGACGCAGUCCGGCACUUCCUCUCCUCAUCUACAGAUUCCACAUCAUCGAUCCCCCCCUUCGACCCCUACGGCGCCAUCAACAUCACCCACUUCCUGAUCUCCAGCGCGCGCGAAAUCUCCGGCUGGUCUACCAUGACCGGCAUGCUGAGCAUGGAACGGUUCUCCGCUCUACGGUCGUCUCUCCUGUCUUUGGGAGUGUUUCUUUCCCCAUCACCAACACCAACACCGACGCCCUCUACUACCUAUAACGCUAAAUCCGCCCACACCACCGCAACCUGGCAAACAGCCAUGAUCGAGCUACAGAUGUGGUCUCCCAGCCACACAGGUGGCAUCGUCAAAGCCAGUAUCGACACCAUGCUCCAGCAGGCGACGGAGUUGGCGCCUUCGGCGUGUGAGUUCCUCUGUGAGGAGACAGCGAAGGCGUUCCAGCCGCAUGUGGAUUGGUUUCUGACCUAUUUAGAGGAGGGGGAUGUGGAGGGAGAGGCGCCGUGGGUGACACUGUAUGCGUAUAAGGCGUUUUUGGUCGCGUGGCAGUUGGUUAGAGGGGGUGUGCCGGGGGCGAUGGGGGUGGUGGGAGUGGGGGAUGGGGAUGUGCGCGGUGCGGUGGAGUGGGCUAGGAGGGUGUUUGCUAGGAGGGAGAGGUGGGUUAUUGGGAGGUUGGUUUUGGGGUGUUUGGGGGGUUUAGAUUGA